GAAUAAGUGUAUUUCCUCUGUUCUUUAUCAAAGGAAGUCCCAAAAUAAUCAGGAGUGGCCAGGGUUUGUGCUGAAGCUUUUCUGCUACUCUACAUUACAUCACUGGGAAAAGAGCAACAUUUGGCUCUCAGGACAAGGGCACAGAAUCAUGAAGUCCUUAGCUCUUGCUGUUCUUUUGCUUCUAAGUUCUUGUGAGCUGUUUGGAGUAACUACCACUGCAGCUGGUGAACAGAAGACAGCCUCCCUACCUACUACAAAUGGAGCAGCAUCAACUGAGGUUCAGUUGAAUUCUGACAAGCUGACUACAUCUGCUCUCAUGGAUAUAAGCUACAACUCUUCCACAACAGCAGGAACAUUUUCAUCUACGAAUGACACUCUCAAGAAUGUUUCUGAUUUAUUUGUACCUUCACAACUCAGACCUUCAGGUCCUCAAAACAUCAUUUUGGUGUUACUCCUAACAAUUGCCAUGGGAAUUCUUAUCAGCCUGAUUGUUCUGAAGUGCAAAAAGUGCCAAAAUUGUAUGUGCAGAAACUAUCGGCAGAAAAAGCAAGAGACAAAUGAUGGCACAUCUGACAUAUCUCCUAUCAAGAAAGACCAGGUGACUCUCCUCUCUGUAAAGCCAACUUAUAUGGAGGCUGGGGAAGAAUCAUUCCUUUCAUCUUGUGGUCAGAACGAUGCUGUAGAAAAUGGAAAGACUGAGGAACCAGAUCAGGCCCUAGAUAUUCCGUAACUGGGUGAUAAGUUUGUCUGAACUGACACAAGUACAAGGACAGUGGGAUAAUUUACCAACUACAAAGACUGCCAACUGAACUAUAACAACAACAACAAUGUGCAUUUAUAUAGCUCCUUCACGCAGGGCUGCACCUCGGAGUGUUUGAACUAGCCUUAUUCGGAAAUAAAACUCAACACUCUGUACAGUAUUUUGGAAGGUUCAGAAAUUAAUCAAUCUACCAUAAAUUGACCAAUCCUGGAGUCAAAUCCUUUCUGCUGAACAGUUAAAAAUUAUAAGGAUUAUAUAAUGAUUACAACCUGGGCCCAGUCAGUAACAUUUUCACAGACAUCGAUUUCUUUAAAAAUUCACAAGUUUAGCACAGCAAGAACGUGUGUCUGUUUUUUUUUGCCCUGGGGAGAUCCUUUAUAAUGAAAAACAAUUAAAAAUUGAGCAAAGAUCAGUUUCAGUCAAGUGGUUAACUGGUUGAUGUAUUACAGUCUUUCAAUUGCAGUCUCAUCCAAUUGUAAUAUUUUAUCUAAUUUUCAUUUUGUAAAUAUUUAACGAUCUUGUGAGGCAUUGCCUUUACUGUUAUUGAUCAUUUCACCCUUUUGUUUAUGUAUAAUCACAUAUUCUCCUGAUCUUGUGUUACUAAUAGUCACAUACUUCAGAAAAGCCAUUUGCCAUUUCAUUCAAACCUGAAACCUGGGGGAAGUUAUUCAGAAUGUAUAGACUCCAAUCUAGGAGAUCAAAUUGCACUCAAAGAUAUUUAAGAUAUUUCAAAUAAUUUAAUUUAAUUUAAUCCUUGCAUU